AUGAAUGUGGCGGAAACAUUAUUCACAAUACGGGAAAUUCCAUCUGUAAAAUCAUCCGAUACAAUAAAAAAUUGUACACCUGAAGAACGAAUAUUAUUAUAUCCACAAAAUUUGUUUCAUCUUAGUGCAAUGACUGGAACUAAUCCAAUAACAAAAACUACGGGUAUAUUCAAAAAUCGUCGAUAUCAAUUUGAUCAUGCAAUUGUUGAAUUGAAAAAAUUGGAAUUAAUUGCGGUUGACAAAUUUUGUUUGGAUUCACUACACAGAGCAAGAGACACAUUCUGGAAAGCGCCUCCUCCGACAACACAACCACAACGAGAGGAAUUUAUUCGUAAACUAGGAAAAUUUAAGGUUGAUAUAACUGAAUAUGAAAAUGUGUACAAAUUGUCGUCAACAUCAGAUUCAAUGUCACUGAGUCCAUUGGGUAUUCAACAUUUUUACAAUUGUGCACAAUUAGUUCCCGAAUAUUUCAAAUACGAAGCUGAUCUUAAACUUGUUAUUCAUCAACAUUUGGAAGCUGGCAACAUUGUACAAGUUUCUGCAUCCGAUGAUACAAUAAAUUACGCAAUAUCAGCAAGCUCAUCAUUUUUUUCUAGUGGUGCUGGUCAGAUAGGUUUCUUUCCAGUGCCAACAUGGAGUAACAUGAAAAAAGAACAAUGGAAACAAAGUCAAACCCAGCAACAGAAAGAAUCACGAGCAACUGCACCAUCAUCAUCUAAUGCAAACAGCUUCGUGUCGCUGAAUCGCCAGUCAUCAGUACCAUUAGCACUCUCAUCUCUAUUGAAUCAGCAGGGGCCAACAUCCUCAUCAGCAUCUUGUUCAUCUACAACUCAAGGACCAUUCUCGUUAACUACAACAUCGACGUUGGAUGAAGCAAAUAAUGUUGGUUUUCUUCAAAUGCAACAAUUAUUUUUCGAUUUUUUACAAAUGACACCGGAAGAAAAACAGGAUUGUUUUCGUCUC